AUGAAAGUCUUUAUUUUUAUGCUUUCUAUCAUCAUUGUUAUAAGUACUUAUACAAGUAUAGACAAUGCUCAGGAGUUCAAAGUGAUAAUAGGUAAGAUAACAAAUGUUGCAUUGUCCUCAAAUCCAACAACUGGAUACAGCUGGUUUUUGAAUCUACCAAAUUCAAAUAAAUUAAAAGUUCCUGACCUAAAUGGAGAGUAUAAAUUACUAACUUUUCACUUUUAAGAGCAAGCAUAUCUAUUAGAAAAAUCUCUUUUUUGGAGAUUUAACCUUCUUUUAAGAGUGAGCAAAACAAUAAAAAAAUAUUUCUUUGUGUGUAGAUAUUUUUAUGUUUAGGUAUUUGGAACUUUUUAAUACCACAAAAUGAUCUAGUGGUCGCAAUCAGUCCUCUAUUUACCAGUCUGAAUAGGAGAUUGGCAUCGACCAAUAGACCAGCUUACUGAUGUUUAAAAAGCACAACGGCCUAUAUAAUUAUUUGUUAUAGUAAUGAUAAUGCUAGCUUAUUCCAUUAAAUUUAUCAAACAUUAAAUGGCGACAUGUGUCACCAUGCCCCCUGAGUGCAACAGUCCGACCCUUAUGGUCACGAUGAACUGAGAUGGACUCCUCAUCAAGAAUCAAGUGUACAAUCAGGAGAUUUGUAACCAGAUAGGCUUUGGCUGCCUUCCUGUGGCUGAAAUGGAGGUGCCUGACAACGUCCUUUGGAUCUGAGAACCAAUGUGUAUUCCUCUACCGAGAAACUUGGGUUUCAGCCCAGGCCACAGGGGGCAGUCUUUUUGCUGUAGCAUUCAAAGGAAAGCACUUCGACACCCGACAGACUCAAAGGAACUGAUUCUUGGAUUCAGCCACUCCCAAUCCCCUCCCACAUGGCUGCAGAAAUCCAUAAGCUACCCACUCAAGACUGAAGCCGCAAGGCAAGGAAGAGACAGAAGGCACAGAAGUUAACACCCGUUUUGGGGGAUAUAGACCCUCUGGGCUAGAGUCAAAAGUGCUUGAACCUUCCGUAUGGGAGGAGAUAUCUUUGGUAGCUGCGUCAUCACCUGACUUUAAAGGCCUAAUCUACUCCAUUAAAUUAUAUACUAAACAUAAAGCUUGAAAUAUUCAAUUAACUUUUUCUUCAAAUAUUUAUGUUAAAUUUUUAAAAUAAAAAAAUUUAGCUCAUGCAAAAGCUCAUUCCUGCUCUUGAAUGGAGGGUAAGUGGAUUAACUGGAGGAGGCGGAGUUCAAGUUUUCGAGAUUUCUUGCAGUGAGUUAUGUGAAGAUGGAGAAUUAUUAUCAUUAGCAUUCGAAUAUAAAAGACCAUGGGAAGCUGAACCUAUAAAAACAAAGGUUGUGACUGCAAAAGUUUUUUCAAAUCCCGAGCUUUAA